GUCCAGCCCGUCUGCUGCCGUGCGACCUCUCCGGCCUGAAAGGAACAAGAUCUCCCCGUCUUUGGGUCCGUGCCGAAGCCAAGGCUGCCCACUGGAGGUGAAAGCACGGGGUCCGGUUCCGCGCGGCUUGGGGUCCUGCUGGGUCCGAGUCACCAGGGCAGAACCAAGCACAAUGAUAUUUACUUACACAGCUGAACCUUCACAGUUCUUUACAUUUUUCCAGAAGCAGUAGAAAAUGAACAUAGCUCAGGGAUCAGUGUCAUUCGAAGACGUGACUGUGGAGUUCACCCAGGAUGAAUGGCAGUAUGUAGGCCCUGCUCAGAGGACCCUGUACAAAGAUGUGAUGCUGGAGAACUACAGCCACCUCAUCUCAUUGGGGUACUGCAUUAUCAAACCGCAGGUGAUCUUCAAGUUGGAGCACGGUGAAGAGCCCUGGUCCUCAGAGGAAGAAUUCCUAAACCAGAAGUACCCAGGAUAUUGCAGAGUUGAUGUCCAUAUUGAGGAGAACCGGGAAAAACAAGAGAAACCUCUGUGGCAAGUAGUAUUCAUUGAUAACAAAAUAUUGAGUAAAGAAGAGCAGAAAGUUUUAGAGAAACCAUUUAAUCUCAAUAUAACUCCAGAUUUUUCAGGAAAAAUGCCCUCUAAACAUGACUCAUGUAGAAUGAAUUUGCCAGUUGUUUCUGAAUUAAUUCUUAGUGAUAGGAAUUAUUCACGAAACAAGACUGACUACAUAAAUGUAUGUGAAAAGUUGCAGCUGUAUAUUCAGCAUGAGAAAACUCAUACUGGAGAGCAGUGUUACAAAUAUAAUGAAAAUAUGGAAGCUCUCAGCUAUGUGAAAGAUCAUCAUAAAUUUCAAACUCUGGAGCAAUCUUUUGAAUGUAAUGAAUAUGGAAAAGUUUUACAUGAUAAGACCAUCUGUGUUACAGCUAAGAGUUCAGUAACAGGAGAGGAUUCCUGUAAGGAUAAUGAAUUUAGGGGAAAUUGUGAUAAAGCAGCUCUUUUUAACCACAUGAGAACUGGCACAAGGAAGAAAUGCUUUGAUCUUAAUGAAUGUGGUAAAUCCUGUGAAUACAAUGAGGUUCACAUGGCUUUGGCACACUAUGAAUGUAAUGAAAGUGGGAAUAACUUCAGUAGGAAUUCACCCCUCACUCAGCCUCAGAGAACUGUUACAGGACAAGGUGCCUUUGAAAGCAGUAAGUGUGAAGAAAACUUGAGCCAGAGCUCAGGCCAUAUAGUACAUCAGAAGACACAAACUAGAGAUACAUUCUGUGUUUAUAAUGGAUUUACAAACACCUUCUACCAGAAGUUAGACUUUACAGUACAUCAGAGAACUCACAAAGAAGAGAAAUUCUGUCAAUGUGAUAAAUAUGAGAAAUCCUCCCGUCAGAACUCAGCCCUCAGUGUACAUCAGCAGUGUGACACAGGAGAGAAGUCAUUUGAACUUACUGAAUGCAGGAAAUCAUUUUACCAGAAAGCACACCUCAUUCAGCAUCAGAGGACCCACCCAGGGGAGAAACCUUAUGAAUGUGAGGAAUGUGGGAAAUCCUUUUGUUCAAAUUCACAUCCUGUUCAUUAUCCUGGAACUCAUAUGGGAGUCAAUCUGUAUGAAUGUAAUGAAUGUGGGAGAACUUUCGCUGAUAAUUCAACCCUCAGAGCACAUCAGAGAAUUCACACAAAGGAGAAACCCUUCAAAUGUAAUGACUGUGAGAGGUCUUCUGCCCAUAAUUCAGCCCUCAGAGCACAUCAGAGAAUUCACACAGGUGAGAAACCAUAUGAGUGUAAUGACUGUGAGAAAACUUUUGCCCAUAAUUCCACCCUCAGAGCACAUCAGAAAAUUCAAACUGGGGUGAAACUCUACAAAUGUAAUGAAUGUGGGAAAACUUUUUCCCAGAAGACACGUCUUAGUACACAUCAGAGGAUUCACACAGGUGAGAAACCCUAUGGAUGUAGUGAAUGUGGGAAAACCUUCUCCCAGAAAUCAUACCUCAGUGGACAUGAGAGAAUUCACAAAGGGGAAAAACCUUAUGAAUGUAAUGAAUGUGGGAAAACUUUUGUCUAUAAGGCAGCCCUCAUUGUCCAUCAAAGAAUUCACACAGGAGAAAAACCCUAUGAAUGUAAUGAAUGUGGGAAAACUUUCUCCCAGAGGACACACCUCUAUGCACAUCAGAGAACUCACACAGGGGAGAAACCUUAUGAAUGUAAGGAAUGUGGGAAAACUUUUGGAGAUAAUUCAGCCCUCAGGGCACAUCAGAGAAUUCACAAAGGGGAGAAACCCUAUGAAUGUAGUGAAUGUGGGAAAACUUUCUCCAAGACAUCACACCUCAGAGCACAUCUGAGGACUAGCACAGGGGAGAAACCCUAUGAAUGUAAUGAAUGUGGGAAAACUUUCUCCCAGAAGUCAUAUGUUAGUGCACAUCAGAGAAUUCACACAGGGGAGAAACCUUACGAAUGUAACAUAUGUGGGAAACCUUUUGCCCAUAAUUCAACCCUCAGAGUACAUCAGAGAAUUCACACAGGUGUAAAAUCCUACAAAUGUAAUGAAUGUGGGAAAACUUUCUCCCAGAAGUCACACCUUAGUGCACAUCAGAGAAUUCACACAGGAGAGAAACCCUAUGAGUGUAAUGAAUGUGGGAAAGCUUUUGCCCAAAAUUCAACUCUUGGAGUACACCUGAGAAUUCACACAGGUGAGAGACCCUACAAAUGUUAUGAAUGUGGAAAAACCUUUGUCCGUAAGGCAGCUCUUAGAGUACAUCACACCAGAAUGCACACCAGAGAGAAAACCCUUGCAUGUAAUGAAUUUGGGAUGUGCUAAAGGAAGUUACACCUUAUUAGAUAACACACAGUAGAAAAGCUCAUGUCACAUAGACUGGCAAAUUAUUUUCCUUAACUGUUUCCUUUUCCACUGGGCACAUAGCUUGUCUUAGUUUCCCAAUCUUUCCUUCGUCUGGGUGGGGCUGGUCAUGGAGUAUGAUGCUAUUACAUUUAAGUAAUAAAUGACCUUAAUAAGUCACCUUACAUUCUUCCUGUCCUGUGUUAUACUGGAAUUGAGAGAUUUCCAUGGCAGAUUUGGGUGCUCUGUAUUAAAUAUGGCAGAGCACAAGGCAAAAGAAGCUAGAGUCAAUAACUGAGUGAAACAAUUCUCCACUGACAGAUCUUCACCAAUUUUUUGGGGGGGGGUUUUUUGUUGUUUUUUUAAGCCAGAAUUAAGUUUUUAUUCUGUUGAGAUCUUACAGAUUUUGGCCUGUUGGUUAAAUGCAUAUAGCUUAGCCAACUGUCUGUUGAGUUGGAUGAAACCAAUGAAUAUAAUAAAUGUCAGAAGACCUUUAAGAAUUUAACCUAUCGGUUGGUAUCAGAGAUUUU